AUGAGGCUCCUUGAGCUCUUUUCGGGCACGGGGCGCGCUUUCCGGGACAGGGGCUGGGAGGUCGUUUCCGUGGACCUCGAUCCCAAGUUCGAGCCCACCGUCUGCUGCGACAUCAUGGAGCUCGACGAGACUUCUUUGGGGCACUUCGACAUGGUCUGGGCCAGCCCUGUGCGCACCGAGUACUCCCAGGCGCUGCGGAAGAGGCCCCGCAACCUCGAGGCGGGGGACCGCCUCGUGCUACGAGCGCUCGAGGUCAUCCGCAAGUGGUGGGCCUUGGAGAACCCGCAGACGGGGCUGCUGAAAACUCGACCCUUCAUGCACGGGCUGCCCUUCUCGGACGUCUGCUACUGCAAGUACGGGUACCGGUACCGGAAGGCCACGAGGAUCUGGCACAACCUGCCUUGGCGGCCCUCGGAAGCCAUGUGCCUCAAAGGCAGCCGCUGCGCCGCCUUCGCGGACGGCAUCCACCCCGAGGCAGCACAGCGGGGGACGACCGCCGGCCGCCGCGGCCAGCAGAGCCAGCAGCAGCUCUACAGCAUGCCCCCGCGGCUCUGCGACGAGCUGGUCAAACUCUUCCCGACCCCCGAGUACACCUCGAAGCAGCCGCGCGACAGCGUGGUCCCGCGGGUGCCCUGCACCGGGAUUUUCCUCGGGCCGAGCAAAAGCGGCAAGACGGUCGCGUUGAUCAGCGCGAUCCUGGAGCAGUAUCGCACGGCGGACGGCUCCAGCGUUUUCGAGCGCAUCUACAUUUUUUCGCCAAGCAUAGAGGUGGAUGACGGCUGGAGGCCCGUGAAGGAGUUCAUCGAGAAGGACAUGGGCGUGAACACCGAAAGGGAGCAGGUCUACUUCGACAAGUGGGACGAGGGGGCGCUGCGCACCAUCAUACAGCAGCAAAGAAGGCUCUACCAGGUGCUCAUCAUCUGCGACGAUUUCGCGGAUCAGCCGGAAUUGCACCGGAGGACGGGGGACGGCGCCUUGGACACGCUGUUCAUCCGCGGGCGCCACAUGCAGAUCAGCACCUGGGUGUCCUCGCAGAAGCUGCGGCUCAUCAGCGCCGCCGUCAGGAGCAUCAACCACCUGCUGGGCGGCAGCUACCUGGACGGCGCGCUGCAGAUCUUCCCGUGGGUGUCCAUGAACGCCUACAACGAGGUCUACCUUAGAUGCCGCGAGCUGGGCAACGCGGCCCACAUCCUGGGCCCCUUGGGGACGGACAUAAUUUGCAAGGUCAUCGUGGACCGCGGCGUGGGGCACGUCAUGAAGGACCAAACCGACGACGGGCACUUCGUGGAGCUCAGAGGCCCGAUCACGCUGCGGCCCCUGAACUUUCGGCUGACGGACGUAAAUGGCAACGAGGUGAACACCCGAGGCACGUCCGUCAGCUUCGCGAUUUUCCUCGACCCGGAAAAAUGA